GAGCGAGCGCUUCGUCCCUGACGCGCCUCAUCUGCCCUCCGCACUCUGCCAAUCAUGUCCACCCUCGGGCUGAUGGACUCGUUCGACCCCGCCGUCGCGCCCUGCCCCGACGACAACACGGCCGAGUGGUCCUGCCCCUCGUGCCCCAAGAGCUACGGCAACAAGUUCUCCCUCCUCGUGCAUCGCCGGCUUCAGCACGGUCUUAAAACGCCGUACGAGUGCGCGGUGUGCAACCUGUCCUUCCCGCAGUCGAGCGACCUCACCACGCACAUGAAGAUCGAGCACGAAGACAAGCUGAUCCAGUGCCCGCACUGCCCGCGCACCUUCCGGUCGCCCAGCGGCAUGCGGACGCACCGCACCAACAUGCACAAGGACGCGCCGACCGGCGUCAAGCUCCAGUUCGUCGAUCGCGGGAGCUGCGCGGCGCCGCUCGCCGAGAAGUCGUCGCGCCACCGAUCCCGCGCGGCAGUCCGGAAGCCCGUGCCGGCCACCAUCGCCGCCCUCACCGCCAGCAACAACAAGCGGCCCGCCUCGCCGCCGCCGGAGCCGCCGGCGUCCAAGAGCCAGAGGCUCCGGGGCGGCUUCGAGCCGACGCCCGUCGAGAUCAACGCGUUCGUGUCCGAGUCCGAGCCGAUCUGGCAGCCGCCCCACGUUAAGCCUCUCCUCUCCUCCAUGGCCAGCCUCGAGGCAUGCUGGCCGGCAGACGCGCCCGCGUCCUUCUCCGUCUGCAGCGAUGCGCUCGCGACGACGAAGGCCGAGGACUGGCUCGAGCCGAUGCUUCUCGACAUCAACACCAAGGCCGCCGACAUCUUCUCCUCCGCGUUGCCAGAUUUGCCGCCCGUACUCAAGCGUUUUGCCUCCUCCUGGCGUCUGCUCUUUGCCUAGCCCGCUCCCGUGUCUCUUGUGUACCCUCAGACUCAUUAGCACAUCCGAAUAGUAAAGAUGAGGCUGUUCAUUAGCGCAUACUGUGUUCAUAGCGGUGCAUAGCUUUAGCUUGUUAUUUACAGUUUAUUGCAGACAAAAAGAU